CGAGUUACCGAGCACUCAGCAGAAUAGCCAAUACUGUGGGAGUCCCCAACUGCCACUGAUUGCAACCUUGGGUGACGACGAUGGCGGCAGCGAUGCCUGCUGUCUUGUGUUUAGGCGAUUCUCACACAUUCGGCAAAGCCGGCGCGGCCUGGGUGCUGGAAUUGGCGAAGGUCUUUCCAAACGCUCGCUUCCUGAACCGUGGCGUUAACGGUCUGCAGACCAUGAACGUGCUAUGGAACCUAGACAAGAGCUUCAACGCUCUUGGAAAGAGUGUCGCGGUGCCAGCGGCAGUGACAUUGCUCAUAGGCACCAACGACGUGUUGCGUUCCCUCGCGCACGAGGGGAAGGACGCAUUCGGGCAACGGUGGUUCGGGAUUGCAAACGGCGACACGGGGCCCGCCACGCUCGAAACCUGGACGCAGCAGUAUCGUGCCCUGUUGGAGACCAUUGCCGCCAAGCUGGACGCCCGGGCGCGCGCCGCCUCUGCCUCCUCCGCCUCUGCCUCCUCCGCCACCAGCGCCACCACCACCACCACCACGGCGCCGACGCCGGUACCCCUGCUGGUCAUGAAGCUGCCGCCGCUCGGCGAGGACCUCACAGACGCGGUCAACGCCAAGGUGGAUGCAUACAACGCCGCGUUGACCCAGGUCGUUCUGGACUUCGCAAAGGCGCAAAAGGCGCUUCUGAAGCCCGCCGCCGGCGCCAUGCCGCGUGCCGUGGUCAUGGACGUGAAGCUUGUUGACAUCAGCUCCGAGUUCAAGGCCGCUAUCGCCAAGAAUCAGGCGUCGCGCCAGGCGGGCGGCAGCUGGCGGCCGCUGGUGCUGCCGGUGCCCUUCAGCAAGGCCGCGAAGGCUAUCAUGGGCUGUCAGUUUGCCCACGACCUAUGGGGCCGCAGCUUUAACGCGCAGAGCGACGCGGUGGGCGCGGCGGUGCUCAGCCCGGACGCCAUCCACGUGAACGAGCGUGGCGGUGACCUGAUCGUGGGGCUGCUGGCGGCGCACCUGGUCAAGCCGCUGGCGCCGCCGGCAUCGCAGUAGCUCAAGAAUGGGGUGGUGCAGACGUACCGUGGUGCAUGGACGGACCUCGAGUGCGGUAAACGGUGCAAUUUGGCGCGGCGCAGCGGCGGUGGAUGGGUGCGGGGGUGGAACGCCGGUGGAUGGAUGCGCGGGAGGAGCGGGGGAAAGCGGAGGGAGCGGAGGCAACUGUCGCAGACUGGUGGCGGUGGUGGCGGGGGCAGGAGUCGCAGGAUGGAAAUUACGAUAACUUGGCGGGGAUGAAGGGGAUUGGCAGCUGACGAGGGCGCUACUGUAACCUGUUGGAGGC